CGUUGUCUGUUUCAGAAGUAGCCAAAUAAAGAUAACUGUCACACCACACCGACUACGACGUUACACUCUACUCAAUCUACCACUCCCAGUCCCUCCCAGGCCACACUCAAGUCUCAAUUCUCAAAGGUUGUUUUUGCAGACAGUUGCAGAGUUCAAUGUUUUAACGCCAACACAGAUCUUCACCUGCGAGGAAGGAAUUGAAGCCAGCGGUUUUCUUAACUUAUCCGAACGAACGCAGUGAUUCCGGAUAUUCUUCGAAUCUCCGAUCACUUCUCCGUUCUAGGCCAGAGAAACAACCACUCUGCAAAAUUUUCGGCAGCUCUGUUUAGACAUCCUCGUUUUCCCCAUUUUCUUAUCCAGUCCGAAAAUGGCGUUCACACUAGGCGUUCCUGCUUCUCCUCAGAUCAACUUCGACGAGGAUGAUGAACGGAUGGCUGGAUUUGAAUUUCUGGUUCGCGUGUUCGUUUACAUCUCUGUUCUUGGUCGUGAUAUUCGUGAUGGUGUUAGCGCUUAUAGUCAAACUAAUUGCCUGCUUCGACGAUGACGCGGCGGUGAUGCCGGCCGGAGACGGGGAGAAUUCGACGGAGACUAGCCUUCUGCUGCCGAAAGAGGCGGCCCCGGCGGUCAUUUACGGAGCGUGUGAGGAGGAGGAGGAGGACGAGGAGUCCGGGAAUUGCAGCCGGAGCAGCUCGUCGGAGGACUUCUACGACGGAAAGAUCUGCGUGAUUUGCUACGACCGUAAACGCUGCUGUUUCUUUGUUCCUUGCGGUCACUGCGCCACUUGUUACCAAUGCGCCAAGAGGAUUAGUGAAGGGGAAGCGAAGAUUUGUCCGUUUUGCAGAACGAGUAUUCAGAGGAUAAGAAGAUUGUUUACUCCAUGAAACCAUCAAUGUGGCAGCUAGCUAGCUGCAAUUGUAGCAUAGUAUGGGCAUUUUGUUUAUAGAUUUUCCUUAAAAAGAAAUAUGGCAUGUAGGCCUGCAGUGUAUGCUCCAUUCUGGGAUUUUUGUUCUUUAGACAAAUGGAGCCCGUGACCUUGAACUUAAAAGUACAUAUCUAUAAAUCUACAUUUAUUUUCAAAUAA